AUGAAAAAUGACAGUUUCAAUCAUUUUGGCCACGAGCACCUACUUACACCACUAGUGCUUGAUGAAGGAGACAAGCUUUACUGCAAAGCUUGCCAGCUGCAGAUAAUCGAACCCUUUCAUGGUUGCCUUUCUUGCAACUAUUAUCUCCAUGAUAAAUGCCUCAACAUCCCUCGAUCUAUCCUGCAUCCAUCUCACUCUGAUCAUCCCUUGACUCUUCUCCCAUUUCCAACCUAUCCCACCAGCACCUUCAAGUGCAAUGCUUGUGGCUCAAAUGGAAACGGCUUCAGCUAUAGUUGUGCACAUUGCGAGUUCGAUAUUCAUAUCCAAUGUGCCUCGUUGCCAAGAAAAGUCAAACAUCUAGAGAAACACCAUCAUGAGCUGAAACUUACAUACAAAUUUGUUCAGGACAAGAACUUAAUCUUUGAAUGUGAUGAGUGUGGAAAAACAGUGGAUGUUGAUCAGUGGAGAUACUAUUGUGCCGAGUGUGAUUUUGGGACGCAUUUGGUCUGCGUGGAGAUUAAUGAGCCAUGGAUGGAUGGAGAUCCUGUUUUAGAUGGUAAAUCCGGUACAGCUCAGGCUGUUCAGCCGUCAGAAACAGUGGAUGGUCAGGGUGAAAAUGGUGUUGAAGAGUUGAGGAAAGAGAUGAUGCAACAUCCGCUCACUGUUGCCAGGCUACAGAAUCAGUUGAACUUGUCUGCAUCAGUGGCACAGCUUGUUAAAUAUCUAUGA